UUCUUUUACGUCAGCAAGCAAGAUGGCCGAAGUUUGUGCAAGUACGACAGACGUCUCAGUGUACUAUGCGUAAUGUCGUGCGCCAGUCUUUGUAAAUAAACAUUUUUGUGCAAGUGCUGCUUUGUUUGUAGUGUUUGUGAUUAUUCUUCCUGUGUUUCUGAUGUGUACACGUGUUAACCAUAAGUUUAACUAAAAAGGUGUUUGUGAGUGUUUUGUGCCUUGUUUUUAUUAGUACCUUCACCCUGACAUCUGUUUUGGAUUUAUGUUUACCUAAACACGGUGAUGUUGGGUGGGGCUGCGUCGCCAGGCGGCGACGAUGUGCUCAUCGUUACCGUGGUUGCCGACGAACAUGGAUAUGGGAUGAAGGUGUCCGGUGACAACCCCGUAUACGUGCAGUCGGUGAAGGAGAAUGGUGCGGCGUGGCGCGCCGGGCUCCGCGCCGGCGACCGCAUCCUCUGCGUGGACGCGGUGCCCGUGCACAACCACACGCAUCAGCAGGUCGUGCAGAUGAUACGAGCAAACAAGAAGACCGUCCUCACAGUACAACAGAACACCUCGCGCCAUAAAAGACCCAUCACAGCACCGUUUCCCGUCAAUCCAGAAAAGCAGCGGCAGCUGGAGGUCUCCAAAGUGGAGACCAUGCAGCGGAUGCUCGACGAGGAUCAAGUGUACAUCAAACAGUUGCGCCUUGAACUAUCAAAAGUGCCGGAUGUAAGGAAACAGGCACAGUUGGAGCUGGCUGAGCAGAGGUGCAUCAAAUUGAAACACGAGAUCGACGUCAUCAAAGCUGGACAGCCGAUGGAGAUGACCACCUCUAACCUGGCGCCGGCCACGCCCCGCCUCGCAACGCGUAUCAAGACCAGCGACAAAACGUCGCCAGUACAGAACACAGGCUUCCUAAGCGGCCUCCCACGCUCCCUGAGCAACUUAACCGGCCAGAGUCUCCGCAACCUGCGGCAGGCCAGGCAAAACAACAAGGGCCAGCAGGAGAACCAACCGCCCCUCGUCAGACAGAACUCGGACGAGUCCAACAACAAACGGAGGCAUGUACACAACAAUACUGUACCAAUGGUGCCAACCACGUGCUUGGACAACACGCCACCACCGUUGCCGCCGAGAUCUAUAGAGAGGCCGAAGAGAAACCCGCUCAGUCCGUCGAUGACGCCGAGUCCGAUCAACCCGUUGGCGCAACCGAAGCCGUCCGGUUCGAUAUCACACGCCCACAAGCAGUAUUACAAGGGCCGGUAUUACCCCGAGAAGCCGCAGUUCCCAAUGCACCAAUCCACGCCGUCCUACAACGAGGAACACCAGAAACAAUUCAGGAGGUCGUCGCAUUCCCUGGACGGGGACUUAGAAGGGCCCCAACCUAAUUCGAUUGCGUUGCAAAUGAGUUACCCGCUGGUGAAUGUGCCGCCGCCGCCUCUGCAGACUGACAACAGAACCGGCGUGCCUGUAUUGCACAUCAGGAGUCGGUCGUCGCCUGAACAGCUAGACCAUGAAAUGCUUAGACCGGCUGCCCCGUUACCGAUGGGCGUGUCGUCGGAGAAGGAGGCGUGGGGCCGCGGCACGCCGCCCCCCGCGGCCCCCGCACCCCCCGCACCACCCGCACCGCCCGGCACGCCCCCGCCGCCUUACGCACACAACACGCAGCCUUGCGCCGAUCCUCAGCGGGCAAUCAUAUCGAUGGAAGAGGACGACUCGCCGGCUUCUGAUACUUCCACAUACUCCGGGCUGUUCUCGAAUCUUCGCUCCGUGCGAGAAUCCAAAGCUAGAACAGCCGUUUUGCUCAACUGGUUAUUAGGAGAAAGGAGGAGCGCCCACGCGGCGCUAGUGCUGGUGUUAACGGACGGCUUCCGCGCGGCCGCCGCCGUCAACAACGCUACGCUGCGCCGCUGGGCCUACGAGAUACACUCCACCUUCAUCAUGCCCAAUGCGGUGUUACAACUGAACGGCGUCGACGAGAACAUGGCCAACGAAAUCGAACAUGUUCUAGUUAACGAAUACGACAAAGACGAGAUCCUGCGUAACGUGUUCCGCAAGGCGCGGCAGAAGGCAAAGGAGGAGAUGACGCAGCAGCUCACCGAGUUCCAAGUCAAGCGGCAAGUGGGGCUCGGCACGCUGUACGGGCCCGACGACCUCAUCAUAGAGAAGUGUGACGUCGACAAGACACAAGAGGCGGUGGUGGUGGAGCGGCUGAUGUGCCAGCGGCUCAGCAGCCUGGCGCAGGGCGCGGCGGGCGCGGCGGGCGCGGGCGGCGCGGGCGGCGCGGCCGGCGUCCCCGCGCCGCCCGCGCCCGCCGCGCAGCCCUCCGGCCCGGACGCACACUCGGCGCUGCUGGCGGCCGUCGCCACCGCCGCCCUCUGUCUACAGUGCAGUGCUACGGCUGUAGCAGCGGCGGUGGGCGGCUCCAGACCCUCCUUUCUCCAGCGAGAUAAAGUCUACAAGCAGAAGGUGAAGCAGUUGACCAAGCAGCAUCUCAACCCGUUCGUGGUCCGCGGUCACCACUUGCAGCUGCAAGCGCUGACGUCGGUCGCGCACUGCCACCACUGCGACAACGUCAUCUGGGGCCUGGCGCCGCAGGCUUACGUGUGCACGUACUGCGAGCUGCGCGUGCACCGCGCGUGCGCCAAGUCGGUGGAGGAGGGCUGCUGCCUCGACGGCGAGCACCACAACAACCGCAUCUCGCGCUUCAUGGAGCGCAUACACCCCAACAACCAGCACCAGCCCAGCAAUCAAGAUUCAGGCGACAAGAAAUUUCGGAAGGCGUCAGCAAACGCGCAUUUUAUCAACAUGGAGCGGAGCUUUCGCAAGAUGGAAGAUGAACCGUACUGGGACCAGACGCUGACUCCGGCCACCGCGCAAGGAGAGUCAAGAAGGGAGGGUUCGACAGAGGAGCAGACCGCUCCAGAUGCUGAUGUCGACACUAGUGAUGCAAAUACGAAGGAAGCACCUGACAAGGACAAUAACUGGCGUUCAGCGGCACCUGGCGGCCGCGGCGUGAACCGCGCGGAGAGCUGCCGCGAGCGGGAUGCGCCGCGCCGCGGGAAGCACCGGAACGCCUCGGAUCCGAAUCGUCUUACAGCGCACAAUAACCAUGAUCUGGAGCCGUGUGCAGCAACCGCGCCCUCUGGCAGCAGUAGCAGUUCUAGCUUGUCGUCCCGUAGCAAUGAGAGCAACACUGUCGCAGCCGAGCAGCAAGCCUCCCAGUCCGAUUGGUCGGAGGAGGACGAGCCGCUGGCUGCCCAGUGGGCGGACAGCUUACCCCCACACGUCCUCGAAUCGCUGAAACUGUCCCCUGCGAUGAGAAAGCGGCAGGAGGUCAUACAUGAGCUGAUAGUGUCGGAGGGGUCGCACGUGCGCUGGCUGAAGGUGCUGGGCGGCGUGUUCCUGCGGCCGCUGGAGGCGCAGCCGGCGCUGCUGGCGGCGGACGAGCUGCGCGCGCUGUUCCCCAACCUGCCCGGCGUGCGCGAGCGCCACGCGCGCCUCUACGCCGACCUGCGCGCGCUGCGGGCCGACGCGCCGCACCACCUCGUGCCCAUCCGCCCGCUCGCCGACGCCAUGCUCAACACACUGGGUGAGUCGGGUUACUCCGCGUGCCUGGCGCGAUUCUGUCGCGGGCAGCGCCUAGCGUUGGAGUCGCUCCGUGAACGCCGGAGGAAGAACAAGGAGCUACAUCAGUUCCUAUCCAACCGCGAACAGUUACCACUGUGCGGUAGACUGCAAUUGAGAGAUUUGCUCGCUUGCGUUUGGCAGAGGUUAACAAAAUAUCAGUUACUCCUGGAGGGAGUGUUGAAGACAGUGGGCGAGAGUGACGAUGACAACGAAGAAGACAUUGCGCGCCUCCGACGUGCAUUAGACACAGCCAAAGACGUGUUGCAUACUGUUGAUACGGCGAUACACACAGCGGAAAAUGAACAUAGGCUGCGCAGCAUCCAGAGCAAGCUGGAGGUGCGCGCGCCGGCCGGCGCCGAGUGGGACGAGCUGCGCCGCCUCGAGCUGGCCGCGCGCCGCCUGCGGCUCGAGGGCGAGCUGGCCAUCCGCAGCGACACCAACAAGAAGAUCGCCGUGCUCGCUCUGAUGCUGGAGGACAGCUUGGUGUUGCUGCAGCGGGAGGGCGACAAGUUCGUCCUCAAGCCGAUACAAGUGCGAGCCGACCCGAGCCAGCCGGGGUUGCUGUCACCGCUCAUCAAAUGGGACAAAGUUCUAUUCCGGCCGAACGCCGCGGUCCGCAAUACAUUCUUCCUGAUGAAUAUCAACGGGGUGCAGAUGCACGAGCUCUCCGCCAACAAUCUCACGGACUACGCCACGUGGGUGAAGCACAUCCAAGAAUCACCGCUGGCUAAAUUGGCCGAGACGAAACCUAACAUAACGCCGUCGCACCAGGCGAGUCGCUCCAACGACGAUUCAGCAGGCAUAAACGUGUCACGGAACCCGUCCGAUGCAUCCGAGAAGUCGACGUCCACCACGCCGGCCGACGAACCCUCCGAGAGUGAGCGAGACAGAGCAUCCAUGGAGCGCUCCUCAGUAGAGAGGGAGAAGGAGGAUAAGAAGACUGAGAGGGAAGAUCGCAGGUCCAGCGAUAAAGAGGGAGAGGUCGCUGAUAGAGAAGAGAAACAUAUCCCCCGGCGGCCGACGGUGGGCCGCAUCAGCACGCACUGCGGCAGCCCGCGACCUCUCGAGUGUGGCGCCGCCGUCACCGUGCGCGCGCCCGCCGCCCGCGCCGCUAGCACCGCUCGCGCUGUAUGCACGCAUCAAGAGAGCUUGCGGCGGCUAGACGAUGUGAUCGCGCGGGCGUUACGGGCCAAGAGCGGCGUCGUGGGUGCGCUGCUGGGCGUACCCUCGCAGCAGUUCGCCCAGCUGGCAGAUCUGGCCGCGGCCGACGCCCAGGGGGAGGUGGACCCUGCGGGCGCUGUGCAGGAGGGCGAGGACGUGCACCAGCUGCUGCUAGCGGCGCACGCGCAGCUGCACCGGCUCACGAUGCAGCUCACGCGCAUGAUGAACGUCAGCGAGGCGGCCGCCGUGGCGGCGAGGUCGCGCCGCGGCACCUGCGACGCCUGCCGCCCGCCGCCGCCCGGACAACCCGGACAACCCGGACACUCGGGCCCGAGGCGACCUCUCGCGCGUACAUCCACUAUUCGUAGCGAAGAGAACAUCGAACCACCUUCGGAAAAGUCGGACAAGAUAGAAGAGAAACAAGAUGACAGUGAAUUCAAAAUAACCGAGUCUAUGAGCAUAAUUGAGAGUCUGGACAAGGACUUGUCGUUCGAUAUGCUCACCGAACUGGACGGCUCCAUGGAGGUGCUCGAGGAUGACCCCGAAGGGGAAAUGGAGGGCACGGCGUGUACGGCGGCGGCGGCGGCUCGGCUGGCGGGCGGCCUAGGAGCACUGAGCGGUACACUGGGCCGCGUGCUGGGCGUGCUGCCCGCGCGCGACCGCGAGCGCCGCAUGUUGCGAGCGCAGCUUGCAGCGUUGCGGGAAGAGAACGACCGCCUGCGGGCACGCACGCUCGAUUGUCAAAUACCCGAAGAGAUCUCGUUGGCGAAGUCUACCGCGGACCAGUCGAUACAGGACCAACCUAGCAAUGGGGGGUGAUCACAUUUCGAGGAUUAAGCAUAACUGAACUGAUUACCAUGCCGAUGACAUUUUAAACAUAACACGUGGCCAGCCCGAGACACAGGGCGCCGCCGCCGCCAUAUUGCGGACGAAAAUGGAACUAAUCGUACACGCAACGUGACGGUCUAUAGCUUACACGAAUUAAGAGCUUCAUCAGGAUCGGUUUAGCAUUUAUUUUUGAAUGUUUUCAUAAUGUCAUCGUUUUGUUUACCAUAAUCGAAUAUCAACUUGUAUAUUUUGUAAUUUUGUUUUUUUUUUUUCUACGUGUAUUUUCUGUUGAUUGUAAGUACGAAACUAAAAUUAGAGGUAAUCUAUUAUUAUUCCAUAAUUAAGAUUUACAUUAUGUGAUCUUUUUUUGUUUGUUACAGAAUAAGUGAGGUUUUUUUUCCUCACUCUCUUUCUCUCUCUGUCUUGUAUAUUAUAACAUUUUCCAAAAGGAUUCUAAGUUAUGUUUGGUGUAAAUAAAUGUAUGUUUUAGAUGAGACGUCUCGUUAUAUGUUGAAUAAAAUAUAUUUUUUUUUGUGUAUAAAACAAUAUAUUGUAAUGUUAAUUGAUAACUUUGUAAUUUAUAAAUAUGUAUUUGAUUAAAGUAUUACAUUGACAAUAUAUUGGGGGGAAAAAAAAACUAUAUUUAAUGAUUAAUUGUAAUCUCAGAACGGUAUUCGAUCGUAAUUUGGUUAAUUAGUUCAAAAUAAUUUGAAAAUGACAUAUUAAAAGUUAACGUAGAAAUUGAUGUAUCAUUCGUGAUCGGGAUUCGAACCUACCGCUUGAAUCUUUCCCGAUUUAUCAAACUUGUUACUUAAAUACAUUCAUUCCGAAAUCGUAUAUCGAACGAUCUAUUGUAUAUUAUUUGUCAUUAUUUUAUUUUUCACUUCAUAUAUUUGGUAAAUAAUCUUCUUGUAAAAACUAAUUAAAAUAAAAUUAAUUUACAUUUAAUGAAAUAUUCUACUAGUAAAAUUAAAUUUAUUUUUUUUACAGAAAAACGUGGGUCAAAACAAUGAGUUGCUUUAAGAUUAAGUAAAAGCUUUUUUAAAGUCAUACAUAGUCAAGAUUGUUUACCAAAGAUGCACAAGUGAAAAAACUGCUGUGUAUUAAAUUAAAUAAAGAGUCAAUGACUCGAAUUAUUUAUAUUUAUUAACGCUUAAUAAAAUGAGAGAUAACACUAUUAUUGCCAUGUUAGCAGCAAAAAUAACUACUAUUUAGGACUUAUAAAUUGACAAGAAUAGCACAUUAUUGUCUAAAAUGCUCUAAUUGACAAUUGGCAACUCAUGUUUUUUUUUCAUUUAUUUUUUUACGACACGAUAGACAGUAUAAUAUCCUGUACAUCGGUUUGAAGGGUGAGAUAUGGCAGUGAAGUUACUAGGCACUAAGAUAUAAGAUCUUCAUGUCGCAAGAGUUGGCAACGUGCCAGUGAUGCCUCUAGCUACAAGUAUUUAUAAGUUUCGUUUACCAUCUGGCGAGACGUAAGCUUGUUUAACACUCGUUAUUAUUAAAAGUAAUGUUCAUGUCUAUAGGGACGGUUACCACUUACUGUUAGGUGGUAUAUUAGCUUUCCAUUUCAAACAAUAAACAAAACAUAAAAUUAAUUUGUUAAUCGUGUACAGUAAUUUUACAUUUAAUUUCUCGUAUAAAAUUAUCGUGACGAGAAAUUUCUCAUGCAAAAUCGCAUUGUAUAUUCCAUUACGUAAUAUAUGCAUUUCUGCGAUAAAUCGCUUAUAUUGUAAUUAUCGUACUUCGAGAUUGUAAUGACGAGAAAUUUCUCAUAAAUUUCUCCAUUGUAUAUUUCUCAUCACGUAAUCCCCAUUUCUACGAGAAUAUCGCUUAUAUUAUUUAUAAUAAUCUGUCGUACACCGAGAUUUGUGUGACGAGAAUAUUCUCGUGACCUCAACAUGUAUAUUUCUCAUUACGUAAUAUCUAUAUUUACGCGAUAAAUCGCUUAUAAUGUCGAUAUAGGUUUAAGUGAACAGUAAAAGUUGUAUAGAUAUACACAAGUGCCCUAAGACCGUAGUACCUUGUAUAAUGCCAUAUUUAGUAAAGCUAAAGUGAUUGCAUAUAAGCUGUUUAAUUUAUUCAAUAAAUGUAUACAGGCAUCCUUUGAAGCUAUCAUUUGUAAUUCCCUAAUUUUAUUAUUAUUAUAUAUCAACAAAUAAUAUAUAAUUAUUUAGUUAUAUAAAUACCUAAAUCGUCCUCUAUGUAUACUAUUUAUUAAAUGUGUAUGCAUAUACAUAUAAAAGCAAUAAAUAACAGUGCCUCAAUGCAUAUUUUUAUUACACGAUAAAAGUAGAAAGUUUGAAAUAUAUAUUAUAAAAAAACAUGCAUAAGUUUAUGUAUAAAUUGAACACUCAUACAUAUAUAGAGAAGUUGGAUUAUUUAUUUAAAAAAAAAAUUAAGAACUGUAAUGCCAAAUGGGGUAGUCAGAGGCAUUUAUCAAUGUAUGUAAUAUUUAACGAGUUUAUUUUAUCUACAUUUCUGUGAAUAAUAAAAUUCGACAAAUAUCUUUUUUAAAAGAUUUCUUCUUUUAUUUGUGGAAUAAAAGUGACUAAUUUUCUUUAAUAGUUUGUAAAGAGAAAAUUGCUGUAAAUAAGGUACGUGAUAAACUGUUUUGGUAUCCAAACGUAUAAAAUAAAGAGUAACAAUAUUAUAUAUACUAGCGACCCGCCCUGGCUUCGCACGGGUGCACAUUACAUAGCAUCCCAUUAGAAACAUCUAAAAUUAUCAGUGUUCCUCUAUUAUAUUAUGCAUGUAUUAUACAUAUAAAUCUUUCUUUUGAUUCGCUCUAUUAAAAAAACCGCAUAAAAAUCUGUUGCGUUGUUUUAAAGAUCUAAGCAUACAUAGGGACGGACAGACGGGAUGCGACUUUGUUUUAUACUAUGUAGUGAUUGAUACUCAAUACCAUUUUGUAGUAAUAUAAGUGAGUGUUAUUAAAUUGUACGUUACAUUUAUUGUGUAUAAAAAAUACAAUGCCUGUGUACAACAUAUAAACAGGGAGAAAUAUAUAUAUUUUAAACAGCUUGUAUCGCAAGCGAACAACGUGUACCUAUAUUUUAACGCCACUGUAAUAGAGCCAGCGUUUUAUAUAAAUAUAUACAACAUUGCAUAUAUAUAUAUGUAUAUUGUAAAACAUAUGUUUUGUACCUUAGGCUAGUUUAAGACCAAAUGAAACCCAUCCAUUUUCCUUUAUAUAUAUAUAUAUAUAUAUAUAUAUAUAUAUAUAUAUAUAUAUAUAUAUAUAUAUAUAAUAUUUAUAAACAUAUUAAUUACACGAGCUUUGAUAAAAAUUGGCGUUUUAUAUAAUGGAUUUGAUGGAAUUUGUACAUACAUAUAUACAUAUGUGACAAUUAUGAAAUAAUGUUUGAUGUAUUAUGUAUACAGUAACUAACAGAAUUGGAAACCACCAAUAUGUAGUACUAAUGUUUUGGACGUCACUAGACGCGAAUGUGGUGUGCAAAUGUCGUCGAUGUUAGUCGCGGGGAGCCACGACCCCCGCCGCUCGUACGCCGCUGUGACCCCCGGCAUAUUCCAUCGCUUCCGUAUCGCUUUAACACGGCAUAUGACAAUUGUAAUAGUUAGUGGUAUCAAUAAAGUACCGUUAUACAAAUACA